CGCUCAGCCGCUCAGCGGCCAGACCCAAUCAAAUCAUUCAAUUCGUGACAGCCUUCUGUGUGGGUGUUAUUUAUCAACAGAGACUCGCAUGUACGGACAGUUGCGUGUGUGUUGUAUAAAAAUUGAAUGAAAAUCUCAUGGUUUUACGAAAUAGAGCGUGAAAAAGCUCAAGUAUUUUCUGUAAUUAUCCAAGACACCUAAUUUAAGAGCUCUGUUGGUUUUUAAUUAAUAUUUAGUGUAAAAUGACCGCGUCCACUAUGAUUGAACUGGAAUCGUGGAUAAUUUACCAAUGUGUCCUGAAUGAAUGUCAUGUAUCCAGCAGCUCAACAGAGGGCGGCGCGUGGUGCGCUCGCGACAUCUCCCUCCGCGCCCAGAAGAAGUUCCUGUCGAGGGUCGGAGGGAACAGCAGCGCGCGUGCCCUGGUCUUGGACGAGCAUGCCGCUAAACUACUCGAUCAGUUUCUGAUCGUCCUGAGGGAGCGAGUCGAAAAACGCGAAGCAGAAAAACUGGUGAAACACGUCAUCAAAUCAGCAGUUAAGCUGGGAGUGUUACGGCGACACUCGCAGCUGUCCGCGGCGGAUGACCGAGCCCUUGAAGCUUUCAGAUCCAAAUUCCACACCGUGUUGAUGGCUGUGGUGUCUUUCUGUGAAGUGGAAUUCUCGUACGACCGCGGCUUCCUGCAGGACGCGCUGCGCGAUUCACACCAAUCGCUCAAGUCGGUUGUAGAACGUCACCUCUCAGACAAGUCUGUGUCCAGGCUCGCUGGAGUGUUCGCUCUCGCAUCCCGAGGUGAGUUGCUCGAUUCACUCUUCUCCGGCCAAGUUGACGAGGACGUCCUCAAACUGUCGAGGAUGCUACGCAAGGAACUCGAUCGGGGCCUGCUUUAAUCCAACCGAUAUGGAACUCGUGUGCCGUCCUACUCCAAACCGCAGUGUGCUUAGAACGAGAUUUUUUUUAACUUUCUCGAUAGCGUAAAAGUUAACUCAUAUUUGUAUGGACUUGGAAUGUUUGCCUACGUUUGCCGCUAGGGGCGCUGUUCCAACUCCAUACAAACUUGAGUUAACUUUCACGCUAUCGAGAACGUUAAAAAGCUCGCACAAAGCAGCACACAGGUGUCGAUACCAACGUUACUUGUGAGGCCAGCGUCGCCCCAACAUUUGGGCCAAUCUCGAGGCACCGAAAAUGGGAUCACUUGCAAGACAUCGUUAUCUUCACAAAUGGAGAUUUCACUUUCUUUUCUUAAAAAAUUUUUGUCACUUGUAGAUUGUGUAUACCGAAAUUUAUUACGGUGUGAAGCUUUAAUGAAUACGCGUUUCCAUGACGGUAGAUGUGAAAUGUAAAAUUGAAAAAAAAAAACUCAUAAUUCUUUUGUCCUUUAUAUUUAAGGUGGUACUGAAUCUAUCGAUGCAACAAAUUGUUUGUGUUGGAUAGUUAAGGGCCAACAUCACGGGCACGUUUCAUAGAUAACACUUAUAAGAUAUACUCAUUUAAAUUUUAAGUACACUGUGUAACACCGAAUUUUCGUAAUUUUGAUGUCCUAAACCACUGAUCGCUUAUACGUAGAUACUCAACUAUAAUCCUAAUUAUAAGGCUAACCGUAGAUAAUUCGUAUAUAAUAUAUUGUUGUAUUAUUAAGUAGAAUUAAUGAUCUUAUCAAUGUACAUGUAAGCCCGUAGCAAGUAUCAAAAACGUUCAGUUCCGAUAGAAAAGCUCUGGACUGUUUUCUUUGUCUUUUAUCUUCAUAUCGUUGAUUUUAUGAAGAUUUUUUUCAGAGUAUUGAUUCUAUUCGAACUUGCCUAAUCUAUAAAAAAAACAGAUCGUAUGUCGAUUCAAGGAUCUUGCCUAUUAAAUUCGGUAUGUAUUAUUACAUUAAGCUA